UCCAUGGGGUUAUUUUUGGGGAGGGCCCUGCCGAUCACAGCUGUUGUUUCUGGCAUCAGGUUCUCAGACCCUCUUCACUUCCCUCUAUCUUCCCUGCUGGUCCUGAGACAUCAGUAAACAUGGACGGCAACAUACAUUCAGAGGUCAGCACCGAGCCGGAAGGCCAGCCCGGCAACACCGAGGAUCAGUACGACGACCCGUCCGAGGAUUUCAGCCGGAAGCUGGAGGACAUCAUCAACACGUACGGGCCGGCGGCCAGCCUGAUCGAGCAGCAGGUCGCGCUCCCUGAGCCCGAGGAGGCGGACAGGGCCGAGGAAGACGCAAACGGGGAGCAGGGCGAGGAGGCCACGCCCGCCAAAGACGCCGGCGCCGGCAAGGACCCGAAACUGGAGAAGAAGAUGCUGAAAGGCUUGGGAAAAGAGGCCACACAGCUAAUGCAAAAUUUGAACAAGCUCAGCACUCCAGAAGAGAAACUAGAAGCGCUGUUCAAGAAGUAUGCAGAACUACUGGAGGAGCGCAGGGCAGAGCAGAAGCAGCUCAAGCUGGUGCAGAAGAGGCAGGCCCAGGUCCUGAAGGACAGGGAGCACCUGCGGAGCGAGCACAGCCGAGCCGUGCUGGCUCGCAGCAAGCUGGAGGAGCUGUGCAGGGAACUGCAGCGGCACAACAAGAACCUCAAGGAGGAGUGUCUGCAAAGGUGCCGUGAGGACGAGCUGAAGCGCAAGGAGAUCACCACCCACUUCCAGUCCACGCUGACGGACAUCCAGGCCCAGAUCGAGCAGCACAGCAACCGCAACACCAAGCUGUGCCAGGAGAACGGAGCCAUGGCCGAGAGGCUGCAGGCCAUCAUCAACCAGUACGAGCAGAGGGAGGAGAGUCUGGAGAAAAUCUUGAAACACCGCGACCUCCAGCAGAAACUAGCGGACGCUAAGCUCGAGCAGGCCAACCUGCUCCUGAACGAAGCUGAGGAGAAACACAAGCGAGAGAAGGAAUACUUACUGACACAGGCCGCUGAAUGGAAACUGCAGGCUAAAGUCCUGAAAGAGCAGGAGACAUUGAUGCAGGCCCAGCUCGUCCUGUACUCACAGAAGUUUGACGAGUUCCAGACCACGCUGGCUAAAAGCAACGACGUGUACGCCGCUUUCAAGCAAGAGAUGGAGAAGAUGACACAGAAGAUGAAGAAGAUGGAUAAAGAUUCGAAUACCUGGAGGACACGCUUUGAAAGCUGCAACAAGGCACUGAUGGAUAUGGUGGAAGAUAGAGCGGCGAAAGAUAAGGAGUUUGAGCUCUUCACCCUCAAGAUUCUGAAGCUGGAGAAGCUGUGCCGGGCGCUGCAGGAAGAGAGGAAGGGCCUCUACAAGAAGAUCCAGGAGAUCAAGCAGUCGAGAGCCGAGGUCGCCCCCACGGAGGAGCAGAACGCACAGGAGGGCUCUGCCCCUGCCCCCGCCCCCGCCCCCGACUCCGCCCUCGACCUACCCCCGGAAGAGCUUUUCCUGACCGAAGAGAUGACUCGUCUCAGCGCGGAGCAAGCCCGUCUGCAGGAAUUCGCCAACUCCCUCCUGUCCUCCUCCCUGUCGGAGGAGCGGGAUGAGGAGGAGUCUGCGGAGCCCGCGGGGGUCGAGCAGGCCUCCUCGACGGCGGAGCCGAAAGCCAGCACCGCCCCGGCCCCGCCCUCCUCCCAGCAGCUCACUUCCGCUGAGGAGAAGACCCAGGAGAAGAGCGAUGGCGAUGGGACUGCGGUCGUCACAAGUAAAUUAUCACCAGAAAUGUUCUAGCUGUUCUAAAUGUUCUACAAGUGCCUUCCCACAGUUUGAAAAUUGAAUUCAGUUUGUUAGUCUGUAUUUGUGAAUUUUAAGGUGUGGUGUACACUUUAAGCAUCUUUUUAAUUGCGUACCAGCUGGCUGCCAAAAGAUAUUUUAAUUGUUUUGUACGGUAUGCUGGAAUAAAUCCAAACCAUGAAUGUCAAGUUGAUUAAACGGCCAAGACCCUAUGCAAUACCUAACAAUUAAGACAAGUUUCCUUUUACACAAGAAUCGUAUGCAAAUAACUGUGUUUCUCCCUAAUCCCUUUGUCCUGUCAGUGGCAUUCUUUAGUACAAAUGAUCACCGAUGCCCACAGUUUUCUAGUUUUUUUCUAGGACAGCAACAUUUUCAUAACGCCUGAAAAUGACAGAGGUUUACGUGAGUGCGUUUACUCCCUUUGUUAUGAAAUUUAAAUAAAUGCAGGCCUCUACUGUAACAUCGGAGUUAGCCAUUUCAAUCAGGCCACGUGACCCUUCUUUCUUGCCCUUGCUUAAAGAUUUUUUUUUCCCCGUGAAAGUGUUUCCAUGGCAACACACUUCCAAAAAAGAAAAGAGACGAGAAGAGAGAAAAGAAUCAAGCUCAUUCUGUCUGGGAAAGCAAUCUGUAUGUGACAGCCUUCAUCCAGAGAGCUGGUGGGGGGGGGGGGGGGGGAGAUGCGCGGACCCUCUCCUGCAGCAUGAUUUCUGCGGAAGAACAGCAGCCUUACGCAAACUCGGCGAGCGCGCACCAAGGGCACCUCACAGGACGUCAGGGACUCUCGGUCGCCAUGGCAACCCCCAGAGCAGGCCCAGCCGGGGCAUCUUCGCAUUUGCAUGUUAGGUGUUUUUUUUUUCUUUUUCUUCUUCUUCUUCUGUUUCUUCUUUCUUUGUCUUCUUCUUCUUCUUUUAAUGUUAUUGUGUGUUGCCUGACAUCACAACACAAAAGAAUUAACAUGCAGAACCUGAAGGGGAAGGAGGAAUAGAGUACGGACAUUGGUCGCACUGGGGGAAAAAAAGUGCCAGAGGCAUGUUAUCUCCAGGGUUUUCAAAUGCUUAUAGUGUAAUUAUCGUGUCAUCUAUCAUUUAACAUUGUCCAGUCCAUUGCUUUAAUAAACUAUAUUAACUUUGA